AUGCCUUCCGCAUUUUCCCCCCAUCGAUGGGCCUCUGAAUCUUCGCGGAUCGGGAUGCGUCCCGCGUUCCCCUCCCGCUCAGCUGCCAGCUGUCAAGAUCGAACUCGGGGAAGGACGUGUUGCCGAGCGGCGCUGCGGCUGGCGGAGAGAAAGUGCGAGGCGUGUGAGCAGGACGGCGAGGCGCUGCAGUACAUGGGAUUCUGCGCCGCGCUAGGCAGGGAGGCGGCGGGCGAGUAUCUGUCUCAGGUGAGCGGCUGGCAGAUAGUGGAGGAUGAGGAAAAGCGACUCCGGAUAAGAAGAAAUUUCAGGAGCAGGAACUUUCUGAAGGGACUGGAGCUGUUUCGCAGAAUUGGCGAAGUCGCUGAGGCCGAGGGCCACCACCCAGAUCUGCAUUUGGAGGGAUGGAAUCGUGCUACCGUGGAGCUCUGGACCCAUUCGAGAGGGGGCCUAACGGAGAAUGACUUCAUCAUGGCGGCGAAGAUUGACGACAUCAAAAAAGACGAUCUUCUCCGUUCCAAGAGAAAGGCCACCAAGACGCAAACAUGA